AUGGAAAUACUCAGGGGAAAAAAGGGUUUCAUUAUCAGCCAAAGGAAAUUUACCUUGGAGUCGCUGCAGGAAUUCAAUUCUCCAGGAGGUAAGGUUUCUUCACCUCUUGACCAUUCCAUCAAGCUUCGGGCGAAUUUAGGGACACCAAUGGAUGACCCAAGUCUGUAUCGUCACCUCGUUGGUAAACUCAACUAUUUGACGAACACUAGGCCUGACCUCUCCUUUGUUGUUCUCUCUCUGAGUCAAUACAUGCACAAGCCUUGUUGUUCCCAUUUUUCUGCUGCUCAACGAGUCUUGAGAUAUCUGCGCACAUAUCCUUCCCAGGGAAUUCUUCUAUCUUAUUCUCCCUCUUUUGAUCUACUGGCAUUCUGCAAUGCUGAUUGGGCAGCGUGUUUUUCCUUGUCAUCUGUCGAGGCUAAAUACCGGUCCAUGCGUCGAGUCACUGCUGAAAUCACUUGGCUUGUUCGACUUUUGGUAGAUCUCACAGUACAGCCUACCUUACCAGUCCCUAUUCAUUCUGAUAGCCAGGCAGCGAUACACAUUGCUCGGAACCCUGUCUUUCAUGAGCGAACGAAGCAUGUGGACCUCGACUGCCACUUCGUCCGUUAA